AUGGUUGCACCCAUUCACAUUCCCACCAACAACAUACAAGACUUCCAAUUUCCUACAGCCUUGCCAACACUUAUUAUUUUCCUAUCAGGUGCAGCCAGUGUCAUUGUUGGCCACCCUUUGGACACAGUCAAGACUCGCCUGCAGGCUGGCGUGGGCUACGGGAACACCUUCAGCUGCAUCCGCACCAUGUACAAGAGAGAGAGUGUGUUCGGCUUCUUCAAGGGCAUGUCCUUCCCCCUGGCCAGCAUCGCUGUCUACAACUCAGUGGUGUUUGGGGUCUUCAGUAACACACAGCGGUUCCUCAGCCAACACCGCUGCGGGGAGCCCGAGACCAGUCCUCGCCACAGCCUGUCUGACCUGCUCCUAGCCAGCAUGGUGGCUGGCAUGGUCUCUGUUGGGCUGGGCGGGCCCGUGGACCUCAUCAAGAUCCGGCUGCAGAUGCAAACACAGCCAUUUCGGGAAGCCAACCUCAGUGCGAAGUCCAGGGCAGCAGCUCUUGGGGAGCAGCCAGCCUACCAGGGACCGGUGCACUGCAUCUCGACCAUCGUGAGGACUGAGGGCCUGGCGGGGCUGUACCGGGGGGCCAGUGCCAUGCUGCUGAGGGACAUCCCGGGCUAUUGUCUCUACUUUAUCCCCUACGUGUUCCUGAGUGAGUGGAUCACACCCGAGGCCUGCGCAGGUCCCAGCCCCUGUGCUGUAUGGCUGGCAGGUGGCAUGGCAGGAGCGAUUUCCUGGGGGACAGCGACUCCUAUGGAUGUCGUGAAAAGCCGACUCCAAGCUGAUGGGGUUUAUUUAAACAAAUACAAAGGCGUCCUGGACUGCAUCUCCCAGAGUUACCAGCAAGAAGGCCUCAAAGUGUUUUUCAGAGGCAUCACUGUGAACGCUGUGCGAGGCUUCCCCAUGAGCGCCGCCAUGUUCCUUGGGUAUGAGCUCUCGCUGCAGGCCCUGCGCGGGGACCAGGCUGUGACGAGCCCAUGAGGGCCAGGUCAUUGUGCUUCCUUCCCAGCCAGUUGACUGGUGUCAUCUGACCAGGGUCUCAUUCCACUGCAUGUUGGGGCUGGCAGCAUCUGCCAAACCAGCAAGAGUAAAUUUACUGG